UGGCUUUGGUACUAAUUAUUGCUAGAUCUAUGUUGAUCAGAUAUAAAUCAUGGUUUGUUCAUACUAAAUCAACCUCAGAAAGAAAUCAGUAUUAUUGUUAGUGAGUCAGCUUACCCACGAAAUAAUAAGAUUCCACCCCCUUCUUAAUAGAGAAACUUACAUGAUGCCCCCCCCCCUCUGGUUUUGCAGCCUCCCCUCCUGAUAAUUAUUGCACAGUUCUUAAUCACGAGUAUGACCAUAGACCGAAGUGGAAAACGCGGAGCUUUAAUUGGAAAUGAAGUCAGGGCUGCUGAUACCUAAAUCAGAUAAGAGAAUUUUUUUUCAGUUAUGAUCAGGGUAUGGUUGUGAUCAAUGCUGAAAUCAUGGCUGUCAAUAGCCAAUCAGUCUGUUUUAGACUUAAUUAACGAGAGAUUUUCAUUCACUUACUACCGCGCGACUUACGCGUCACUUGCUCUUUUGUUUUCACAGAAUUUCAUUUAUAUCAUGAUUGAUGUGCCCCGCACAAGCAAAUAUCAACUCAUAUUCCAUUACAAUUACAUUUCAUAUUUACCCGUGACGGCUAUGGUCAAAUUUAUUCCAACCCUAGACUCUGGUAAGUAUUUGUCUGCUCUUCGUAACUUUUCAUCUACAAUACCAUUUCGAUAAUAUCUGCAGCUCACUGCUAUUCGUGCUGUUGCUGCUGUUGUUGUUUUUCAUUAUCAGGUUUGCUUACUUUUCUUUCCAAUUUAGCAACAUUUGUAACAAGUUUCUCUGAAACAAAAACACGGCAAAAUUUGCACAAGAAGCUUUGGGCCCGUAUAGGCUCAGCAAGCGUCAAAAGAGGCCAGCCCUUUUGAUGUAGAACUAAAAACGUCAACACUCAAAAUGUCUGCUUUUAUGUGUUCGUGCCAAGAGAACUUAUUCGCCUGUUCAUUUUGUUUCGUCCCACUGUAGAUCUCGGGACCUUCUAACUUAAGAGAUUUGAUGUUUUGUCUUGUUUACUUAGAACUUGUGAGACUGACCUGCCUCAAUUAGUAUAGUUACCUGCAAGUCAGUCGGAUUGAUUGUAAAUAGUUUGUUAUAUAUAAUAAAUAAACUUGAAACUUAAAACUUGUUGGAAAGAAAAGGUGGGUGUGAGCAUAAAAAUGUCCGCCUCUUUUGAUCUUCAUUGGGGCAGCAAAAUAUACAAGCCAAAAAGGUCAAAAAGACCUCAAGUCUAUCUCUCAGAAUUGCACAGUUUUAAAAUUUAAUCGAUUGCAAUGCUUUUAAUUGUCAGCUUCCUUUCCUGAUGGCCCUGCAAGGGAGCAAACCCUUGAUGUCCAGUUUCGAUCAACGUCCUCGUGGAUUUUUGCUGUUCCCAAGAUUCUUCUGGUCAGAGAUUACAGGUGGGAGCCGAGGCGAGUUAUGCUGAGUCAGGGAAAAUGGAAACUAACAAUGGCUGUUACUGCUUCGGACCUCUUUGUGGUAUGAACUUGUUUGUUUCCUCAGUUGUUUCAACAAAUGAUUUAGCACUUAAGUCAUUUAUUAAGAAAAAAGUGAACAAUCAUAUACAGAACGCGUAGGUCUACAUUUUUGUCGGCCACAGUGUUAAAGACUGUAGAGUAUUGAAGAACAAAGGGUUAUUACGUUCUUUCCGCACUCCCUCCCUCCCUGGAACCUUUCUUCAAUUGUAUCCACUAUGUUUUCAGACGCUCACACAGUGGCCCAGGCAUGACUGUUAAACUGUACUAGGCUAAAUAUGUUGUAGGUAAAUCACAUUCUAAUUAUAGACCAAAAUUUCCUACUUGUCUCUGAAUAAUUAGCGCUAACGAGAGAAAUAGGCUGAAUACUGGCUUGACCUGAAAACGGAUUUUACCCACAACAUACGCAUGCGUAGAAUUUUUUUUUUCUCUGAUGCCGGUUUCUAUUUAAUUUGUUUGUAAAUUUAGGCAGUUGUUAUGUAUUUAUUUUACAAUCAUUUUUCAAACCAAAUUUCCUUCUGUUCAAAGUUACCCUCAGCUGCUACGGCUUGUUAUUUUUAGCGUUAUGUUAUGUCAUGUCAGGGUGUUAGCCCAGUCCGUGGAUUUUCCUCAGUCUUCUUUCUUGUUAACCACACAGCGGUUUUUUGUAUGAUGAGUUCAGUUGACCUUGAUCCUUUAAUCAUCUACUUUUUUUUACCUCUGAAUACUAUACUUGGCCUCCUCUCCUCGAUUCGCCUCCAAUGUUCACACAUCGACGACUUCUAUUACCAGGACUAUCUGGUUUUACUACCAGAGGAAUACUACAGUCCGCGGAACCUCGCGCUUAAAGUAACCAAACCUUGUAAACUAAGCAGAGAUGAAAGGUACUGUGUUCACUACACUUACCCCACCCUCAAAAAGGAAGGAAUUGUCACCAUCCAGGCGGAGGAUAGCUCUGUUGUUGGUGGAAUAAGAAGAAGUGAGCGUGUUGGUGAUGUUCCGUUUCAAGGGCGUCUUCUGAGCGGUUCACGAGUAAGUUGAUUAAUAGUGAGAAAAAUAAUCAGCUGCAUAUUAAUGUAGCCUGCGUCGCCCACACUAACUCCCUGAUAGAGUUCUGUAUCUUCUCCAAGUCCGGCUGCAACACAGGCUAUAUUGACGCAGAAAACUAAGUCGUCUGGUCAUGUUACGGGCCGAGGCUAGAUAUCCCAAAAACCUGCAAACAUUUCCAACCAAACCACACAGUAAUUUUUGGGGAGUUAUUAUAACUCCAAAAAUGGAGUAAAAAUUUUAGGUACAGGAGAACCCUUUUUAUGGGCUUACUUUAAGUCCUAAUUUAACUCCAAAUUUGGGGUCAUUUCAGUUUACUCCUGAAAAGAGUUCUUUUUACUCCCAGUCUGGAGAAUUAGUCUGGAGAUAACAUAACUCUGAGAAUGGGGUUAUUUUUCUCCUUACAUGGGUUGUUUUUACUCUUUUUGGAGUUAAUUUAACUGUGAAAGUGGAGUAAAAAUUUUAGGUACAGGAUAAGUCCUUUUUGGGGUUAUUUUAACUCCUCAAUAUCUGGGGUCAUUUUAACUCCUGAAAAAGAGUUCUUUAAACCCCUUUUUGGAGUUAAAAUAACUCCCCAAAAAUGACUCCAGUAGAGGAGUUAUUAUAACUCCUUGAAAAUUACUGUGCAGAAAAUAUAAACCUCUAGUUGCUCGUUUUGCUUUCUUAUGCGCUUUCUGACCCUGGCAGAGAGACAUGAUCAUGAACUGAGGUUGCCUUACGUGGCGUCCACAUAGAAGCACAUGUACAGUGGUAUAGCCGCUACGCAUUGCGAUUGGUAAUUAAAAGUCAGGUACUGACUUGCUCGCCCGCUUUUUACCGCGCUUAUAUUUGAUUUGAGCUCCGAUUGGUUUAUUUGAUUGAGUGCUUCUUUUCUGAUUGGUCAGAAAAUAAAACUCAUUGGGUUUGGUUUGUGAUACUCAGUCGGCCAUUUUAGCUUGGUUUGUUUGUUUCCCCACGUUUGCGAGGAAAUUUUCCGCCGUUUUUUUUUUAAUAGAAUACCCCCGCGUGAUUGGAUUGAAAUUUCAAAGAAACAGUUCUCUAGACUAACUUCACGUGGUCUGAACUAGGUAAACAAACACUUUUAUUGAAAAAAACUCUAUCACUUGAGAAGGGCGGCGAGGCGCUAAAAGCUGCUGAAACAUGAGCUUAUUUUGGUACAAAAACUCUAUCGUUUUAUCUAUGAGUAAUUGAAUCUGGUUGUUAUACUUAGAAUGUGAUGUCCGUACGACUUCCGUCCACCGUGCGAGGCCAGUUUGUGUUGCUGGCCAGCUACUUUUACAAUUCCGAUCAUAAGAGGCGACUGAGCGUGGUUGUUAGAACCGGCGACGAGAUUUUUAGAGCUCAAAUGACUAUUUUGUCGUGCAGGUAAGGCAGAACAAUAAGUGGCCGUUUCUGUAUAUAAGGUUCAGCACAAGUUAAGUCUUUAGAAAGUUACCUUCUAUCUUGAGCCUCAAACUACAGUCAUUUAACAAAUUGACGCAAUUUUCGAUGUGCCUGUCCUCUUAUUAGUAAGUAAGUAAGAAACUUUAUUUAAUCAGGGUAGCACAUUCCGUAGCGAGGCUGGUAUCCAUAGGGGCCCUGAGAAAUAAACAUAUCUGUAAAUUUAAAAAACAGUUCCUAAGUUAUGAACACGAUUCGAAUAAACAAUAAUACUCUAAAAGAUCUAACUAAGUUUAUAUAAUAAGUUGGCGCUCCUGAGACAAGAAAUUAAAAUCAUAAGAUAAAAUACCUUAUCAACCCUGAAUUAAACAUAAUUCGGUAAAACAUCGAAAUUUGGCAAAUGACCGCGUCUUGCAUAAAUUAUUUUAGGUGUCUGUACUCUUAUUGAUCAUUCAUUUCUCAUUUACUAAAAUCUUUCGGAAACUUCCAUGGAAAGAUCCAUUGAGUGAAGAACGUGUUCCACUUGACACAAGUUCCAUUCGCUUAUGCUCUCGUCACCAAAGAUGAUGGCACAGAUAUCGCCGUGAAAAGCCAGAAACUGGUGAUUCCUUGUGAAAACCCGUAAAUGAAACAUGCUGUAAUCUUUGGUUUUCGUUUUAAGGUAUCGUUUUGGCUGUCGGCAAGUAGCCAUUGACUCAAACCAUGGUGCUUACGUGUUCACCGCAAAACCAGACGAAAUAACUACAGUCAGUUUAACAUUGAAUUUCAUGGUCGCUUUGGUGAGUCGAAGUAGUGUAUCAGAUGCAUGCAGGUACUGCAUGAGACACACCCUCGUUUCCCUCGCUCUCGCUCCGCACACUGCUCUUGCUCGCGUUCCGUUUUCUCGUGUGAGUAGUAUAGGGCGUACCGGAUACUCCUUUUUUCGCGCAGGAAUCUCAUUAACUUGCACAGGAAUACAUUAAGGCCGAUCACGUGAAUAAAAUGAGGUGGAUUCUCAUUGUUUUCCAUUUGCGUAUUUUGAAUUCAAUAGAAACAAUAGACUCACAUAACCUUGACCGGGUUAACUUGUUUGUUAUUUUUCCUUCACCACCACCACCAUCACCUUUCCACUGUUUUCCCCCAACUACCACCACCACUACGUCGACGCUGCAUCGAUAUCACAUCGACCCUUCGUUGAACUUACAUCGAUACCACAACAACCCUACAUCAAUACCACAUCGACCCUACAUCUAUGGAGAUCCAGGAGGGUGUUAUCCGUCGAGGCCCCCAGCAUGUGGAUAGGGAGGAGAGAAAAAUAGAAAUGUGGCGGUGAUGGUCGUGGAGGAGGGAAAACAAAUAAAAAAGAAGUGAUGAGGAGGGGCGAAAACAAUAAAAAUGAGGAGAAGGGCGGAAAGCAAUAGAAAUGAAAAGGUAAGAAGGAGGAAGAGGGAGAAAAAUAGAAUUGUGGUUGUGGUGGUGGUGGUGGUGGUGGAGUCAAAGGAAAGAUAAUGAGAAUCCACCACCUUUUUUAAUACGGUCAACACAAAAGGCUAUCACAUGAUUGAUGUUAAUGUCAUUCCUGCGCAAGAAAGGCCUAACCGGUGCGCUCUAUACUACUCAUGUGCCUGCGAUUUUGAAGUAGUGAAUGGAAAUGCCCGUCUUUGCAUUAAUAAGCCAUUUUUUCUUGGGUAAAGCCUUUGACUCAGGCGUUGAGCUACUUGAUACUAAAUAGGCGCAACCUUUUGGCAAGUGUAAUAUCCCUUGAUGGAGUUGCGGAUGGAAGAAGAGCAAAAUUUAAAAUGCAGUCGUUGGGUUAGCAAACAUAAGAGACAUUGUCUCAUAACCCAAAUCAAAGGGGUUUGGAAAAGGAUUGUUUUGUUAAGGGAAAGAACGAAAUAUAAAAAAAGUUGGUUUAAAUGACCGGUUCAUGAUCGAUCUAUUUCAGGACUUUAUCUCUGCUAUUCCAUUGUCCAUGUGGAACGAGAAGCUUUUAAUCCCAGCUGAACAGUGUGUUGAUAAUGGCUUCUCUUGUAUUCAAACAUCUUAUCCUGAUCCAUCUGAUGCCACGAAAAUUGAAGUUGAAGAUCGUUCCACUGGUGGCGAUAUAGCACCGUACUACAUAAUGGAUCGCAGGGCGAGAUUAAAGCAUGUUAAAGUUGGCAAGGUAUGAAAAAACCCGGCUUUAAAUUGGCAUUCAACUUUACUUUUCCGAAAACUAUUUUCGAUACUUUCCAGCAUCAUCUGAUAAGGAGAAGUCCUUUUUCUUUUUGUUGCUCUUUUGUUUUUAUUGUCGUAACCUUUUUGUUUGCCCGCAUUCAUCCCAAUGACUUUCCACAAACGCCUGUUUGGUUGAUCACUCAGCUCAGAAGUACGAACUCGUGGCAAGCUCGGCCACUUUUUGUGGUUCAUGUAAAACGAGUCCUGUAGAUCAAAUCAGUGAUGUCGAGUGUAUCCUUUGCUUGGUGCUUGGCGAAAAUGAGUUUUAUUUGCAUGAGAAUAAAGAAUCAUUUUCAUAUCAAUGGCUUUGCACUUUGCCUCGCUUAAUAAGUAAACAAAAGCUCUGCGGCACGUGUAUGAGACCGGCUGUUGGGAAUAUUUCUUUUACGCGCUUCAUCACUACGACAUGAAAUUCCUCAUGUAAGGUUUUCUUUCCUUUUUUUUGUUACCUGAUCUUGGAAACGGUUCUUAAGAAGUCAGUUUCAGGAUACUCUCUAAACAUUUGACAGACUGAGCGAUAAUCGCGCAUGACGCAGGCUGACCAAUCCAUUCGUUAAGAGAACUGAUUGCACUAUUGGGCCUAUCAGCCAGAUCAGUCUGUUCCUAAAUAGUACGCAUAGCAGUGAUGGAUUCUUAGCGAUAACUCGGGAAAAUCUUAUUUCAUUUUCUAAGUAAAUUGAUUGGUCCCGCUGACCAGUUCUGACUUUUGGUUAGCGCCUUAGAGUUCAUAAUAGAUACAAGACUUCACGGAAACGUCAUUAUAAAGUAAAUUUGCGUUCUUUCAAUAGCUACAGAGAAACUCGUGCAGUGGGACAUAAGCUCGCGGUUUAAAUCUCGAUGACGACUGAUUUUUUUUAUGUGCCACCUUUAUGACAUUAGGAAUACAACGCCUUUAAGAUCCACCAACGAUCUUGUCCCUUGUCUUCAACUAUAUUGCAACCAUUGAGUUCAUUAUCUGAUAAAACCGAACUUAGGCUUUAAUAACAAGACACCGCACCUGACUCUAGUUAACACGUGCCUCUUUUUCUUCCUUUUAUUCUUAGAAAACCGUUUUUAUCCAUGGAACAGCUCGUUCCGGGCGCUAUUACGUCAUCGUGCAUUUCUACCAGCCGAAUUUCCUCACAUUCCCUGGAAAAGUUAUUGUUAGUGGACAGAACGCUGCUACAACCCUGUUUACAUUCCGCCAUUGUCCACACGUGUCUGGGUGUCGGGUCAUAGGCACGUCACAGUACAGAGAGGGUAUAAGCGAAUCAAUCUACAUUGGAAGGCAAAAUAAUAUUAUCCUCAGUAUAACCAUUCCAGAGGACAAGGGACUCUGGAUUGUAAGUGAUAAGGAAAUACGAAUUAAUUUUGCUUUAUGACGUUAGCAGCGGGAAAGCUCGUCACGAAACAACAAUCCGUUUAAAGAAAAGAAAGGUGUGUCUUUCUUAGGCAAUAUAGAAAGCGCUAGCCUUAUUUUAUGGCUCAGUUCUGGCGUGCUCAUCGUACAAGGCAUUUGUCACGUUUUUUGUUUCCACGGUGGUGCAUAUGUCAUUGGGGUCGGCAGGCGGAUGGGUCAAAUGUAAUCAGUGAUUACAUUUGAGACAAAUGUUACUUAUGCAUUACAGUAUUAUGGCAUGGAACUAUUACCGUCUUUUUGAAUCACGAAAUCAGUGCUUUCAUUUAAGACAAAUGUUACUUACGUUAAAAUUAUCCUCGCCAUUUUAGGGUAUUUAGAAAAAAAUUUGGAAUGAUAUAGUUUCUUCAGUGUUCAGCCACGAGCAUGAAUUGAGAAGGAAAGACUGAAUACCAGAUAUAUAAUGAAUUAAGGGUGAAUCUUGAAAAUUGCCUCAGAAAAGUUGAUUUUAGGAAGUGACGCACUCUAUGUUUUGUCUUAUAUUUCCGAUACAACCACUACCCAAAGUUCUGCGAAUCAUUUUUGUCCUUUGUGUUCUAGGAUUACGUGAUGUUGGUUCCACUGUCAUCUUUUUCUCCAUCACUGCUGGAAAUUAAACCCAUCGAUGUUAACAGAGACUUCAUCCAAGACUGUGGCCAAAACGAUUUCUAUUUAAAAGAAUCUUCUUCAAAAUUCUGUCUCACCUCCACCUUCACAAUCACGUCAAAAUUCAACAAUGGCGCUUUACCGUGCCAGUGCGAUAGACUGGGCUCUUCUAAAACUGGCUGUCGCGCAUUUGGAGGACAAUGCAGUUGUCGGCCGAACGUGAUUGGUCGAGCAUGUGACAGAUGUAAAAGUGGUUAUAGCGGGUUUCCUCUUUGUCGGAAACCAAUCACUUAACCAUUACAUAGGACUUUUGACUGUAGCCAAUAACCAUCGUACCUGCCUAACGUAAAAUACAUUUGUAUAUGGGACGCCGCAUUUUUACGCCGUAAUGUUUAUAAAUUUGUGUCAUUUAAACGUAAUUUUAUUGCUAUACAUACUUAAUGAACA